UACAUCUGAGGACUCUGAGCGCGAACUGUUUUUAUUUUUUAAUUUUAAACAUAAACAUUGUUUAAUCGCUGUAAGAAUAACGAUUCUGGAUCAUACUCCAGAGUACCUAUCUUCAUUUUUUCUUUCCUUCCUUUAAUUGCUGUGCAAGUGUAUUUCAGUUAUCAAUUUGCAUUUGCUUCUAUUGUUUUUUGUGUUUGUGUGUGAUUAAAUCAUGACUCGUGAAGAGUAUUUCGAAAAACUGGAGCAGUUAAUUCUUGAUGAAAGUGAAAUGGUUACAUAUAAAAUAGCUAGUAGAGAAUUAAAGAUAAGUGUGAAUGAAGCCAAACAAUAUCUACAAGAAUUUCUAGAUAACCACAACUCUGAAAAUUUAACUGCAACAUAUUUUCUAUCAGGGAUAUCAAAAAAGGAACCUGGAAAUCCUCUGAAGGUGUAUGUUGUUUAUAAAAAUAAUUUAGAAAAAUUCAAGGAAAGUCUGUCUGAAGUAACUAGCUGCCAUGUUUAUUGUGUCUGUAAAGCAGUAAAAGCGGAUGAGGGUAUAUUGUACAACCUCGAUGUACCUUAUAAUGAAAAUGAAGAAGAUAAUCGCAAUUAUGCAGUGAUUAAGCAACCAAACAUUGAAAUGAAAGCUCCAGUUUUGAGCAAGAUGACUAAUGGAAUUAAGAAAGAAGUAAAAGCUGCUAUUCCCCAAAAAAUGGGUGCAAGUUUCUUCAAAAAUGUUGCAAGUAAUUCAUCUAAAAAUAAUGAAAAAACUGAACCAUCUGAGAGCAUUGGUACUAAGGAAGCUGCUAAACCAGUGGAAAGCAGCAAAACUAAAACACAAUCUCCUGUUAAGAUAUCUAAUUCAGAGUCUAAACCUCAAAAGCUGAAUACUCUUGCUUCAAUGUGGCAAAAAAGUGAAAAUAAGUCCAAGAAAGGUGAAAAUCCAAAAGCUGAUGGGAAAGGGAAAACUAAAUCUCCUCAGGAAACAAAACAGAUGCCUAAAAAUAAUAUUUUAAGCAUGUUCUCAAAGCAAUCAGAAAAGAAAAUAGAUAACUCGUCAAAAAAAUCACCUUCAGUGUCAGAAACAGUUGAAGAAAGUGGUUCGUCUAAAGAAAUAUUUAGUAAAAGUGAAAGUCCCAUUAAAACUGAGAAAAUAAAUGAGGCAAAAUCAUCUAAACCAUCGUCUGAUAAAAAGAAGAAAAUUAAUCAAAGGCAAACUAAAGUUUCAAAACACAAAAAAGAUGAUGAAUCUGAUGAUGAAUUUCAACCAAAAAAGAAAAAACACCGCAGGAUAUGCACUUUUGAUGAUUCUGAAUCUGAGAGUGAAUCUGAAGAAAUUCAAGACAGAGUCCAAAGGAAUUUCUUGUCACCUGAAAAGCCAAUGGAAAUUGAUACACCUGCUAAAUCUGCUACUCCUCCAAGUGAUGAUGAAGAACCCAUACCUCCAACACCUCCAGUUAUAUCAAAUAAGGGUAAAAAGAAAGUUUGGAAGACUGUUCAGAAGACAUUUGAAGAUGAGGAUGGAUUCUUUGUAACAAAACAAGAAAAAGUGCUAGUUUCAGAAGAUGAUGAAGAUCCAGUACCACAUAGUUCAAAAAGUAAAGAAGUCAAUAAAUCAAAUCAAUUUACAUACAGAAAACAAGCUUCAUUGACUAGUUUUUUUAAGCAAAAAUGAGUUAUAAUUUUUAUAUGGGUUUCUAGGAAUCAUACUGAUGUAAAUAAAAUUGUUUAUAUUUUACUAAAUUUGUAUAUAUCUGUCAUUAACUGAACAUUAUUUUGGAAAUCACUUUUCAAUUCUGUAACAUUAAAUGUUAAUUUUAACUUCUAGCUUUU